AUGACGGCAGCAGCAUCCGGAUACGACAUGGCGGCCUACCUACUGGACCGAGCCAACAUCCACGACACAAUAGCCCGAAUGUGCCUUGCCUUCGACACCCGACAGCCCGACAUGCUCGCCACCCACGUGUACACACCCAUGGUCCACAUCGACUACUCGCAGCUCCUCGACUCGACUGCCAUGGACAUCACGCGGGAGCAGUGGGCAGCGAGCCUGGAGCCCGUCUUCGACCAGUGGGAUUCGAGGCAGCACGUCGUGCAAGACAUGCUGAUCGAGCUGCCGCAGCCCGUCGGUGCCAAGGGCGGUGGAAGGCUGGAGAAGUGCAGCGUGGUCGGUAUCGCGCUGGCUGUCGCGAUUGUGCUGCAACGGAACGGGGGUCGUUACGAGUUCGAGAUGGUGCGGCUGAAGGAGCUCGAGGGGAGGGGGGAGAACCCGUGGAGGAUCAGCAGCCAGAAGGUCGUCAUGACGUAUCAGGAGAUAGGGAACGACUCAUAA